AUGUGGGGAUACGUAGCAAUCCUCCCCAUGAUAGCCGCCCUCGACUGGGUAGGCAUGCUACUCGGCAUGCUUCUCUGGUGGGUAUGCAACGGCGCACCCAUCCUGCCCGCCAUGCACGAAGAUCCCAACGCACACCCCGGUGCCCAACGCCAAACCAUCGCCUACAUCAGCGACAUUGGCGCCACCGAGCUCAAACCCCUCUUCAUUUCCAUGUCGUCCGUCAUGGCGGUAACACUCAACCUCUCCUUCCUCGCCGAGCGCUGGCUGCGACACAACGGCAAGCUCGCCCCUAACACAUCCCGCGUCCAGAAGGCCCUGAGCAUUACCAGCAUCUUCUUCGCCAUGGCUGGCGGUGCAGGCAUUAUCUUGUUGUCAAUCUUCGACACCUACCACCACCCAACCCUCCACGACGUCUUCCUCGGCGUCUUCAUCAUCGGCUAUGUGAUCUCCGCCAUCUGUCUAUGCGCCGAGUAUCAGCGGUUGGGAAUUCAUUACCGCCAUCACCGCAUCCUGGCCAUCAGCUUUUGGAUCAAGUUGUUCUUCAUCCUCAUUGAGAUUGCGUUGGCGAUCUGCUUUAUCAGCUUUUCGGCGAAAUAUAUGUAUAAUGAGGCGGCAGUGUUCGAGUGGAUUGUGAGCUUUGUGUUCACGCUGUAUGCGUUGAGCUUUGUGUUGGAUCUGUUGCCGGCGGUGCAGACGAGUAGGCAUGUGCCGCAGGGGGUCAAGGAGAGGGAGGGGCAGUUGGAGGCUCAGAUGCAGGACCGGCCGAGUAGGAUCUCGAGGUUCGUUUCGUUUACUCGGUAG